AUGUACAGGGCGCUUUGCGCACGCUUUGGCAACGGAAUCGCACGAAUUUACAUUGCCCUUACCACUCUUUCAACAGGCAUGUUCAUUUCCAGGUUUCUAGCAAUUUCACUGACGGCUCUAAGUGCUCUUGUUAGUUGGCCAUUCACAGCAGUACUUGGCCUACCAAUUGUACUUGAGAUGCUAUUGAUUCGUACGCGUGAAUUAGCCGCCACCUUUUUCAACUAUGCGCUUCUGUCUGGUACGACCCUGAUUGCCGCACUGAUUUUCGUGGACUCAUAUUAUUUCGGAAAAACAGUUCUGGCACCAUUGAAUAUUGUUCUGUAUAAUGUCUUCUCAUCACACGGCCCGAACCUGUACGGUAUAGAAGACGUGAAAUAUUACGUUAAAAAUUUACUGCUGAAUUGGAAUGUUGUGGCGUUGCUUGCCCCGUUCUCAGUACCGGUCGCAGGACUGGCCUAUGUAUGGACUCGUUCAUCGCCCAAGUUGGCGCAUCCAGUCGCGCGAGAUUUUUCUUUUGUCUAUUGGCGACGAUAUCUUCCGGUACUGUUCAUUUUCCUCACUGUGGCUCUUUGGCUGGCAAUAUUCUUUUGGCAACCGCACAAAGAGGAGCGUUUUCUCUUCCCGAUCUACCCACUUUUGGCUGUUUUGGCUGCCGUCACUCUCGAUGCAUUGCCUCGCGUCGGUGUUUAUCUGCUGGGCGGUGGAUCGAGGAGUUUCUGGCAAGGCUGCAUAGCUAUGUGGCUGCUGAUCUUCUCAGUACUUUCCGUCUCACGCUCCGCUGCACUUUAUCGAAAUUUUUCGGCACCUGUGGAAGUUUUCAAAGGAUUAAAUGAGCAUUUGGCAAGCAUUUCCAAUCGCAACAUUUCGCAUUUUACAAGAAAUAAUGAUACAGUAAUAAAUGUAUGUAUUGGCAAGGAAUGGUAUCGUUUUCCAUCAUCGUUCUUCCUACCGUCCAGUGGCAGAAGUGACGGGGGCCGACUGUGGACAACCGAACUAAAAUUCAUCAAAAGUGAAUUUGCCGGCUUACUACCCAAACCAUAUACGGUCGGAUCGAUACCGCAAAUUACACGCGCAAUACCAACGGAAAUGAAUGAUAUGAAUCGCGAAGAAGUUAGCAGGUAUGUUGACGUCGAACAGUGUGAUUAUCUGGUUGAUUUGGAGACCCCGGAUACCACAGAAUUGGAGCCUAAUUUCGCAGAGCAGGUGAGGAAUACAUUGGUUUACUAG